AGAUCUAAAUUCAUUAUCAUUCUAUUAUUCAUCUUCUCCACAAUACUUGAGCUCAAAUCUCUACAUUUUAUACAUACUUGGAUCCCUACAAUCAAUCAGUAUGAUAUUGGGAGGGUUGUGGAGGAGUGCUUGAAUUCUUGGGGAAUCAAGAAAAUAUUUACUAUAACUGUUGACAAUGCAUCUACUAAUGAAACUGCUGUUGGGUAUAUGAUAAAAAGGAUGAAGUCCUUAAAUACAUUGCUGCUAGAUGGUGAGUACUUGCAUGUUAGGUGUUGUUGUCAUAUUCUUAAUCUCAUUUUGCAAGAUGGACUUUCUGAAUUGAAUAAAGAGGUUGUUUGCAUUCGUAAUGCAAUUAAGUUCAUCAAAUCUUCACCGGCUAGGUUAGAGAACUUUAGAAAGUUUGCUGUACGUGAAGGUUUUGAUAAAAAUGUUAAUGUUGGAAUGGAUGUAUGCACUAGGUGGAAUUCCAUAUACAACGUGCUAGAAAGAGGACUCAAAUUCUCUAAGGUUUUUGAUAGGAUGGCUGAAGAGCACAAACCUUAUAGUGAUUGGUUUUUUGAGAAGCAUAAGAGUGGGGCUUAUUUGAGGCAGGGGCCUCCUCUAGGAGAUGAUUGGGAGCGUGCUAAGGCUUUUGUUUAUUUCUUAAAGAAAUUUUAUGAUGCCACUUUGAGGUUGAGUUCCUUUAAGAGUCCUACUUCUCACAUUGUGUUUGAGGAGAUGGUUACUAUUCAACUUGAGAUACAGAAAGCUGUGGAUGAUAAUAACAAUCUUCCCUUGAAAAGGGUGGCAACUUCAAUGCUAUCUAAGCUUAACAAAUAUUGGGGCUCGGUUCAGAAGAUUAAUCAUUUGUUUAUUGUUGGGAAUGUUCUUGAUCCUAGAUGGAAAUUAGGAUACCAAAAAAUCCUUCUCGAAAAGUGUGGUGUGCCGAAGGAUGAUAUUGAAACCACUAAAAGCUUGAUUAAGCAGAUUUUAAUGCGCUUUUAUGAAGCCUAUAAAGCUUUUGAGCCUGCUCCAGCGCAAAGUGCUUCUAAUACACCGGCUGGAGAAGUAAACUUGGGGCAAAUUGAUGAUUGUGAUACUAGAGCAGCAAUGAGGGCAGCUUACUUGCACCAACAAGCUAACCAAACUGUUCAAAUCAAUAAUGAAGUUGAUGCAUAUCUGUGUGAUCCAUGUGAAGGCAGUUUGAAUCAGUCUUUCUGUUUGCUCUUCUGGUGGAAAGUUAAUUCAUCAAAGUAUCCUAUCUUGGCAAAGGUGGCAAAAGAUGUAUUCGCAAUGCCUUGCUCCACUGUUGCUUCAGAAAAUGCAUUUAGUUUGGGAGAAAGGACUGUGAAUUAUUUUAGAUCUUCUUUGAGUCCAAAAAUGGUUGAGGCGCUGGUAUGUUCAAAUGAUUGGAUCAAAGCUGAUGACUUCAACUUUUUCAAAGAGCCAACUAAAGAAGAAGAAGAAGAAGAGUUCUAUAAAGAGUGUGAAGAAGUAGAAAAUGGAGUGGCUGGACUCGAACUUACUGGCUCGACUUUAGAUUAUGCUGAAACAAUUCCAAAUGUUCACCUGGGUCUUCUUAGUUCUUAAGUUCAUCUGAAAUGUUCUUUUGAGUUUGAACUUUUUUGAAGCAGAAAAUGGUAUGAUAGGUGUUAUUCUUUCUUCAGUUGGUAAGGGGCAGUUGGCUUGAUUUGAGAUGUGCUACGUCAAGUUCUGAUAUUCUAUGGAAACAAGUCCAAAUACUCACUUGGGAUCUUCUAAUAUGCUUUGUUUUUGAAUCCAUGUUAAAGAAAAACAUCAUUUUGUCAGAACUUUGUUCUCCUAAGUCUGAAUUUUUUGCUGUUGGGAUUUUGCUAGUAUUUAUGUUUGGCUCUUCAUGAGUCUUUUGGAUCAGUACUUUUUUUGUGCUUGAAAUUGAAAUAUUGUUGCUUUAUAGCCUUUGAAUUAUUGA